GUUUUAGCCGAAGGUGAUAUAUGUUCCUUUGCCACGUUAAAAGAACAUUAUAAAAGACCACAAAAUUUUCAGACUGAGCUAUUUUCUGCAAAAACAAGACCCAAUGCUUUAAAUAAUAUAUACGAUGCCGCAGUUAAAACACCGGUACAUGUUAUGCGACAAUUGGAUAGAUGGAGACGGGACGGACACCGUUCCUCCAGAUUUUUCCUGUGUACACCAAUAUUAGGAAAAAAAAUAAGGAGAAAAGUCAACAUUGAAAUCGAAACCCACAUGCCUUCCGCAGUACAAGAACUACGAAGAUGGACAUCAAAUGAGGCAAUAGGAAACAUAACAGUUACACCGGAUUGCGUAAGCAGAGUGGCUAACAGCAAUACCAUUACAGAAAAUAAUAUUAACCUUAGCAAUUGUUCGAGUAUUGAUGGCGUGGACCAUAAGCUUCCAUCUCCGGAAGAACAAAUUAAUGCGGUAGCACUUAAAUUUCCUGCUAAAAUUGUGCCUGUCGAUAUUUCUGGAAAAAGUUUCGAUAGAAUGUCUAUUCAACGGAGGUCCUUUCUACAUAAAGAUGCUAAUUGUUCGAAUAAUGAUCAAAAUUCAAAAAGGAAAUCGAAAACUAGAAAGUCGAGAAAUCGACGACGCAAUACUAUAACAGGAAUUGAUCAAAAGGAAAUACAAGAUGCUUUAACAUCAAGAGAGGAAGCAAUCGAAAUUAAGCCCGAAAAUAAAACCAACAGAAUGGAUAGAAGUAGAAGUAGCGACAUCUUAGAAACAUCAAAAAAAGAAUCCACCGAUAAAAAAUCUCAUUUCGAUAUAAUUAAACAGUGGGGUAAGAAUAAGUACGAACGUUUGAGAAACAAAAACUCAGAAUCCAAGUUUAAAGAGGAUAGUUUAUUUUAUCUUGAUAUAUGUGAUACAAUUGAAGGAAAAAAAGGCAAAAAUAUGGAGAAACGUACGCACAUACGUUAUCCAUCUGUCUCGUCUUCUGAGAAAUCUAUAAACAAUACAACAUUGCCUCCUCCUUUACCGACACAUAUUAAGAACGUUAAACUUAGAAUAAGUACCAAUGAAAAAAGAAGACGAACGUCCGGUGGCUUUAAAGACGAGCCGCACUCAUCAAGUGGCAACUGGAGCGCCAGCUCCGAAAGUGGCAGAGCUUCUGUGAUUUCCGAAUUAACUCUAACAACUCAACCAGCCUCGACCACUUCUGUUACAACCUCCAACAAUUCUUUGAGUCAGCCAUCUAACUCCGUCUGCAGUCGCAAUCAACCCAGCGAGCACUUUAAUUUUACGGAGAGUGUAAGCGAGGGAACGCUAACGCCCGAUAUAAUUCACUUGCACGAAGAUGAAACAAGUUCUAUUUAUUCCUGUGAUACUGAAGGAUAUUACACAUCAUUCCACAUGGAUAGCGGGUUGAAGUCUCUUAAGGAAGAGGAAUUCAACUGCAAUUCAAUGCUGUUUCCUUCAGCCUCUUCCAAUGUCAGUAUUAUUAAUAAUAAUAACAAAAACACAGUCAUGACGGCAGAAAACGAGUACGAAUUGUUUGGUAGAGGUUCGACAUCCACCACGACCAGUUCAGCCGGUACAGUGUGUACCACUCUUUAUGCUGCCGAAAGCAAUAAAUCUUUAAUUAAUGGUCCUGCAGUUCCUGAAAGAAAAAGUUCAUUAGCUAAUAAAAACUUUGCCGAAUUUAGUGAUAAGACUGGUACAAUAAAACGUAGCCCUGCCAAUACUAAGCCUGUAGUGAUUGCCUUAAUCCACAAAAAGACUGAUGAAACAACUACAGAUAAUAAAAAAAAUAUUUCUAAUGUACCCUUAGAAGAAAAUAAAAUGAAUUUGGAAUUCGAACACUCUGAAACCUCAGAUAUGGAAGGAUCAGAAAGAAUAAGGGUUAAAACAACAAUAAAUUCAAGUAGAAUACCGUCCAUGUGUGUAAUAACACCACUUCAGAGUGAUGAUGAAAACUCCUACAAUCCCAUUAAAUAUUCUCAAGUUAUUAAUCAAAAUGUCGACUGCAACAUUCCUAAUCGCGACAAAUUGGACUUAAAUCUAUCAUUUAAUAAGAUCAAUGAUAUUAAUAAAAACACCAAUAUCUACGUAAUAAACAACAAUGUUGAUAAGUCCACGUUAACAUUGGUUAAUGUAAACUUACAAUCUGGUUACGCCACGGUGGAUAAUGUGGAAAGAGAUUUCUCGCCUGAAUCCAAUAUGCCAGAAACAUCUAUUGAGGAUGUGAAAUCUUGUCCUGAAAAAUCCUCUUUCGUGCCAUUUAAUUCAGUAUUCGACAAGUUAAAAUCAAACGUGAUGGGUUACACAAAACCCGAUACCAAGUUCCUUAAUAACAUGUACGAUCCAAACACCGAUUUUGGCGAAUAUGUAACAAUCGCCGACGUUAGAAACAAUAAUAAUACACAUACUUACUCUAACAUUAACAAUAUCAAUAAAUUAAAAAUGCCUAGCCAAACUAAAGAUGUUCAAUAUGUAUCCCUCAAUGAAUUACCGACAAAAGACGUAAAAAAACCAGAAGUUUCAACUGACUCUUUGGAGAGGAAAGAAAGACAGGGAGCUAGAGUGACUCUGGAUGCCGAAGGAAAAGUCGUAUACAGUUCCGAUAGUUUAAACAGAAACAAAAAGGCUCACUCAACCUUUGAACCCGGUCCGUUUGUGAAAAAUACUGUUAAACCGCAGAGUCAACAAGCUACGCAUAGGAAUAUCACGCCGGUUCGGCCAAUACAAUUGAGCAAAAUCCAAAGGUUGGCCAACAUAAGCCAAGUCGAAUUCAAUAGACCGCAGUCACCGUACCAAGAAAAAUUCAUCGUUAAAGCUGCUUCGGGUGCUAAAUAUCCAGCACCUGAAAUAAUUAGAAUGCCUCCUUCUACUAUAGUAACACCAAGUGACCUACCAAUGUCGCCGAAAAGUUGUUCACGAGGCGCAUACGUUCAUAUGCAAGAAUCCGGUUCAAUCCCCGAUCCAGAUGGAUAUCCCCUUCCACAUAAAACAAAUUCAGAAACCAAAAUGUACCAAAAUAGAGAAUAUAAAAAAGAUGACUUAGGCUAUGGCUACGAUUAUAAUUCGAGACCUAUAGAUAAAUUCUACGAGGAAGCAUGUUCAUAUCAGUUUAUAUCGCCGGACCUGACAAGUGGUCUGGUAAGAAAGCAACUGCCAAAAAUUGGUCAAAUGGGACAUUUCAAGGGAUUAAAUAGGAAUUUAGGAAAACCAGUAGAAAUACCUAAAGUUAAUUUUAUAAAUGAACCUUUUUGCUACAACUCUAUUGACUCACCUUAUCAGACUGAUAGUUUUAAUGUUAGGGAGUCUAACUCAAAUUAUUCGUUGAAAAUAUCGCCAAUUGACCCAAGGUAUUCCGGUGAAUUUAAAACGUCUACUCCAUCUGCUAAAAAUGUUCACAAAAUAAACCCUGUGUAUAAUUUAGAAAACCAUUUGUUGGCGACAAAGAAAUCUCACAUGUCAAACGAGGAAUUGUAUGCGAUUAUUCACAAAAGCAAAAAACGAAUGAAUAUUGAAACAGACCGCCCAGCUCUAACUUUAACUGCAGACGAGAUUGACGGAAAAGUUGCUUCAAAUUCAUUCGGAAAAUCGGAAAACAAGAACAAAAAUAAUUUAUCACCGUCAACAAACACGAAACCAGGUUUAUUCGAUAAUAGAAAACAAACUUCACGAAUGGACUUUAAACAGCUACUAUUGAAGAAGAGUGGCAAUAUAUUGGGAAACAGGAGUAAAAAAAUAUCGGCAGUUGAACAGCUAAAACUUUCGAGAGAGCAAAUACAAUCGCAGCCAUCGCCGAAAAAUAAUGGAAUGGACAUUUUGAAUUUAAGUGGAUCUCCGCGGUCAUUUGGUAAUAAAAAAUUCAUAUCCCCUGGUCUGCAGCAAGAAAAAUCUAAGUUUUUAAAAAUUAUGUCUCCCAGAUCGCAAUGGAGAUUUAUGAACCCCAGAACAGACGUUCUCUCCUCUACAAUACUGGAAGAUUGUAGAGAGAUAGAAAACGCCGACUACUCUUGUGAUGAAAAUAAAGGAAAAACUUAUAAUUAUGCUAGAAAAAUAAACUUUCAAACUGAUGGUAAAAGUACAAUCCCUUCUCCUGCUUUGGAAACUUCCUUCUAG